AAAAUGAUAGGAUUCCUCAAACUUGCCAUUAUUGGCACUGUGUUCUUGGGAGUGGCCCAUAAAGCAGUUGCGACUGGAGCAGAAGACGCUGGUUGUACUGAUGGAGAAUCACUUAGGGCAUUUUCUUGCAUCAUGGGUCUGUCCGAUUUCAUCAAAAAAACUGACAACCUCGACAUGAAUGACAAAAAGGAGCUAAAAGUAUUCAAGGAUGAUUGCCAUAACGUAAUCAGUUGUUUCAACAAAAUCAAAUGCUUGGGAACAGAUGGAGAGAAAAUUCCAGAAAUGAAGGUUGUUAUAAAGUAUUGCAAAGCUAUGGACUACGUUCACGAUGAUUUUGCCGCCUGUAGUGACAAAUUGAAUGCGAAGAAAUCAAAAUGUUUUGAUGACUGGGAUCCAAUGCCAGACAAACUCCAAGAUGAAACAGAUCCAAUAAAAGUUGCCAAGUCAAGAAGUGAGACUUGUAAGAGAUAUUUCGGAAAAGACGACUGCAUGAUGAAGGAAGUCAAAGAAACAUGUGGCCAACAAGAAUGGGACUCCUUCCGAAAGCAUUUCAUCACCAUCGCUGGAGGAUUUGUCGACACUACUUGUGACUUCAGCAGAUUCAAUUAAAUAAUUUAUUUGUUUUUUUUUGCGUUAAAUAUUUCAGAGUUUCUAAAAUUCCUGGCCAAAAACAAAUCCCAUUUUUGAUUUUUGAUAAAUUUACAAAUUUUC